AUGGCCGAGCAACGAGUCAACGUCCACAUCCCCUCUCACCCAGCCGUCCUCGACAGUGUGCGCCUUCGCAACAUCCAGCUUCCCCUCCCCGCAGCACCAGACCCAUGGCACCGCAACGGUAAAUCGCAACCCUGCACCGCAUCGCUGAAGCUCUCAUACUCUUCCGCCGUGGCAGCCGCCAACGCCGACGAUGUCUCCCUCUCCCUCGACUAUGGGAAGCUCUACCGCCGCCUGGAGGAGGAAAUUCGCAAUAUGACAGCAGGAAGCAAGCCCAGCGCAGCCACCCCGGGGCAGCACAUGAUUAGCGUCGAGGGAAGCCGGCGCGAGGAGAUGUUGAGGGCCGAUAUCGGCCAGGACGUGCGUCUGACCGCGGGGAUUGUCGCGAACUGCGGCCUAGGACUGCUCGAGGAGACGGCGGCUGGGGUUCGACGGAUGGCACACGUGCAGCACAGCCGGCGGAGGAGUAGCGCGUCUGCUUCUGAGGCGCGGGGCGCGGUCUUCAAUAACAAGGCUCCCUCAUCGUCGUCUGCCGGGCCUAUCGAUGAUGUCUAUGGCCAGUGCGAGGUUUGGCUUCAUCUACCAAAGGCUCUACUACGUGCCGAGAACGGCCUCCACUACCGCAGCUCUACGGUCUGGGGGUACAGACAAGGAAGCACAGAGCGGUGCCCUGUAGUUUUGGAAGAGGAGUUUCGGAUUGAGGGGAUCCGGUGCUAUUGUAUCCUGGGUGUGAACUCGCAUGAGCGGGUUGAGAAGCAGGCCGUGAUUAUCUCGUUGGAGUUCAAGGGCCCAGGGCAGCUGGCUUGGGGGUCGACUGUCGUUGAUACUUACCAGGUGAUGACUAGGGCUGUUGCAGAGCGCGUUGAAGAGACUUCAUUCCAGACAGUCGAGGCGCUGGCGACGUUUGUAGCGCGCAUUGUAACGGUGGACUACGCCAAUGAGCGAGUGACUGUAAGAGUUGAGAAGCCAAGUGCGCUGGCAUUCGUGGAGGCUUCAGGCGUGGAGGUGACUAGGUCCCAGGCCUUUUUUGAGAGAUCUCCUUGA